AUGAGCGGCGGGCCCGUGGCGGCGUACCUCGGGUUCGACGCGACGGCCGACAGCCUGCACGUCGGUUCCUUACUCCAGAUCAUGAUCCUCCGGCUCCUCCAGAAGCACGGCCACACGCCCGUGGUUUUGGUCGGCGGCGGCACGACGAAGGUCGGCGACCCGAGCGGCAAGGACGAGAGCCGGAAGUUGUUGGACGACGACGCCAUCGCGGGCAACAUCGCGGGCAUCAGCGCGAUCUUCGACAAGUUCCUCGACUUCGGCCCGGGCGGGGCGGUCCUCGUGAACAACGCGGACUGGCUCGACGAGCUCGCCUACGUCAAGUUCCUCCGGGAGUUCGGGUCCCACUUCUCCGUGAACCGCAUGCUGAGCUUCGAGUCCGUGAAGCAGCGCCUCGGCCGCGAGCAGCCGCUGAGCUUCCUCGAGUUCAACUACAUGAUCCUCCAGGCCUACGACUUCGUCGAGCUCGCGAGGCGCUACGACGUCAAGCUCCAGCUCGGCGGCAGCGACCAGUGGGGGAACAUCGUGUCGGGCGUCGAGCUCGCGCGGCGCGUCGACCGCAAGAGCCUCGUGGGGCUCACGGCGCCCCUCAUCGCGACGAGCGACGGCCGCAAGAUGGGCAAGACGGCCGAGGGCGCCGUCUGGCUGAGCCCGGGCAAGCUCGCGCCCUACGACUACUGGCAGUUCUGGCGGAACACGGUCGACGACGACGUCGUCCGGUUCACGCGCAUGUUCACGGACGCGCCGCUCGAGGAGGUAGACGCGCUCGAGCGGGAGCUCGCGGCGGCGCCGGACGCCGCGGCCGUCAACGCCGCGAAGCGCCGGCUCGCCGACGCCUGCACGACGCUGCUCCACGGCGCGGACGCGUUGCCCGACAUCCACGCGACGGUCGACCGGCUCUUCGCGGGCGGCGGCGGUUCGGCCGCGUCGCUCCCGCGCGUCGCCGUGGGCGACGCGGAGAUCACCGUCGUCGACGCCCUCGUCUCCGCGGGCUUCGCCAAGUCCAAGUCCGAGGCGAAGCGCCUCAUCAAGGGCGGCGGCGCGCGCCUCGACGGCGCCAAGGUCGACGACGUCGACGCGACCGUCGCGCUCGAGGCCGGCGUCGACGUCAAGCUGAGCUCGGGCAAGAAGAAGCACGCCAUCCUCGAGCUCGCCGGCUAG